UUGCCCAAAUUAUUUUAUUUAUAAAUCAAACAAUUUAAAUAAAUCUUCACAAAAUAUGGUGUUUGAGGUGCCACCAUGGGACAAGGGUGCUGAAGUCAUCCAGUUCAAGCCCGUGCAGGAAGCGGGCAGUGGAGCCGCUGCCAAGACAAAAGCCAAAAAACUCAAGAAGAAAAAACCAAAGGCAAAGAAGCAGGCGGAUCAGACGGAUUCUACACGGGCAACAGCCGCGGGCUACAGACUGGGCAGAGGGCCGCUAGCGCCGCCGCCGGAUUCCUCGGAUGAUGAGGCGGACGAUGAGCUGCGGGCCAUGCACAAGAUCAGAAGCGGACGCAUUGAAAAGCAGCGGCCAACAGCCAAAACAGCCAAGGAUAAAAAGAAGCAGCUGACACUACUGAAGCCAGCCUUAAUACAGGACGCAGUCCAGGCCAUGGAGGCGACGCCCACAACCGCAGCAGCCGGCCCACCGGCCACGUUGGCCAAUAAGCUGCAGUCAGAGCUGCUGGGCGGUCGAUUUCGCUACAUCAACGAGCAGCUGUACACGAUGAACAGCCAAAAGGCGGAGCAACUUUUCCGGUCGGAUGGCGAUGCCUUCGAAGCCUAUCACGCCGGCUAUCGUCAGCAGGUGGACAAGUGGCCAGCGAAUCCGUUGGCGCGCAUCAUUAAGACCAUCAAAAGGCUGUCCAAAACGGCCAUCAUUGGUGACUUUGGCUGCGGCGAGGGCAUGCUGGCUAAAUCGGUACCCAAUAAGGUGUACUCCAUGGACUUGGUCUCGACCCGGGCCGACAUCAUUGCCUGCAACAUCACCAAGACGCCGCUGGAGCCGCAAUCGCUGGACGUGGCUGUCUACUGCCUCUCGCUGAUGGGCACCAACCUCAACGAUUAUCUGCUGGAGGCAAACCGUGUGCUCAAACUGCACGGCAAUGUCUACAUUGCAGAGAUUCAGUCCCGCUUCGAGGAUGUUCGCGAGUUUGUGCGCUUCAUGAAAUCUUGCGGAUUUGAUCUGGUCAAGAAGGAUGUGGCUGUGAACUAUUUCUACUUCUUCCAAUUUCGAAAAAUGCAACAUGUUGACAAGCUAGUCAAACUGAAGCCCUUCUCGCUCAAGCCGUGCCUGUACCGCAAGCGGUAGCAAUAAUGCACUGAA